UUCAUUAUGUUUUCGAUGACAGAAGGCCUUGUAUUGCUGCAGAUCAAGGCAAAGGGGAAGGACCCCGACAAUCUGGAGAUUUGGAUUUCCAGUCGCACACAAGGCAAGGGAAAGGAUGACCAAGAAACCGAGGAGAUAUUGACUUAUUUACAGAAUGAGCUAAACAAGGUUCCCCCUGAAGGGCGGACUCCCUCUGUUCGGGAGACUCUGUACCGACGGGCCCUUGGGGGAAAGAUUAAGAAGCGGUCAAAGGUCGACAGUGCGGCAAGUUCAGCUCAUCCCCGCAGCGAGUCAACUGGUUUAACAGACAGUGUAGCAUUCCAGCAUGGGUGGGAACAACUACAGAAUGGAAUGGAGGAGCUGAAGGCAAUGAUGGAUGAGUUCAAAACCAUCAAGGCUGAUGUGUAUGCAUUCAUGCACAGAAACUCCGGAGCGGUUACUGGCCAGGCAGGCACAUCUCGUAUUGAUUCAGUCCCUGAGAUUCCCAGGCCUGUGUCCGAGCCAAGCAUGACGGUCGGCACACAUGUGCUUCUAUUUUCCCGCACCGGUGAGAAAAAAGUUGUUGCAGAGGGACUUCUGCUCUGCCCCCCUGGGCCAGGUGACACACUUUCCUUGGUCAAGGUCUUCGUGACAUCCGCGUCAGUCCCGGACACACCCCUUAUUUUGCCGACCAUUUCUGGGGCGACUACCCUUCGCGAUGUCGUCGGCGAAGAUCCUAUUGAGUGGAGCUACAAGGACCUCAUGCGCCGGGCUUGAAAUGUUGGUACCGAUACACCCAUGUUAAUUGCCCCGUUUGUCAUAUGGAUUGAAUGUCGAACCUGUCUUUGGAUGGAUUGUGUUGAGUUUUUGUUGAACUAUGUCUGGAAUUGAUGCGUAGACCUUUGUGGUUUGAAUUCGUAUGGUGAAAAAUGUGCCUAAUGGGAUUGAUGGAUAACCGUAUUUGCUUAUUGCGUUGUUUACUUGUGUUUGAACUGUUAAGCACGUUUUGCGGAACAGGUUGUUGAUGUGUAGAUACUAGUAGGCUUGUUCUAUGGGUUGCUUUACUUUGUUGGUAGGUAUGGAAUUCAGAUUUUAAUA